UGAAGCAUGAUGUUAGUAUCGUAGUGAAGASAGCGUGUUUUACAAGAUUUUGAGCUCAAAAAAGGAACAUGAAAGGUUGAACUGACUUAAGUUUUCCACACGAAGUAUUUAUAUGGCUGUUUAAAGACGGCACAGCUACAGAAGAUAACAGCGAUGCAGCUCACAUUCAAGAAGACGACACCAUCUUAUAUCCCGACUUUGAGAUUGAUAAUCUAACACCAGACAUUUGGGAUGAAAUCACAGAUUCAGAAGCUGAUUUGACUGAUUUCUCAUCGGUUUUUAAUCCACUUCAAAGCAGGACAGAGUCUGACAUUUCUAACUAUCACGAAAGCCCUUUGAUAGAUCAUUUAUUUAUUGAUAAUGAGAUUCCAGGCAUGGAGCAUUUUAAAGAAAUACAAGAAGAAGCCAAAGACAGCAAAGCUCCUAAAGAUGAAUCCCCCCUUUAUCAGAACUCGCCAAUCACUAUUGGAGAAAGUUGUUUACUAAUUAUGGCUUUUGCUGUACGCCAUAAGCUUUCUGGGAUUGCACUAGAAGAUCUAUUGGAAGUGUUACAUCUACACUGUCCAAAACCAAAUCAUUGCAUCACUGAUCUCAAACAUUUUCAGCUGUUUUUUCAAGCCUUGAAACACCCUGUUGUAAAACACUACUACUGUUCAAAUCAGAAGUGCAAGGUGUAUUCUGGUACAUCCCAGCCAGAAAGUGGAGCUACCUGUGAGGUUUGCAGAACCCCCCUCGACAUCUCAUCCUACUUCAUUGAAAUACCAAUCAUGGAGCAAAUAAAAACAUUGCUAUCGCGGCCAGACAUGAUUGAAAAACUACAGUACCGUUUCAAUCGUUUAAAGAAAGACCCAAAUGCAAUUGAAGACGUAUAUGAUGGAGAUCUUUACAAGCGAUUUGCUGCUCCUGGAGGGUUUUUGAAUAAUCGCCAUAAUAUAUCGUUCUUGGGCAACACGGAUGGUGUUGCCCUGAUAAAAUCUACUGGUUAUGGAGUCUGGCCUGUGUACCUUGUGAUUAACGAAAUUCCACCUUAUGAAAGGUCUAGAUCUAAGCUUUUCAAGACUUGCUUCUCUUGAAAUUGUUAUAUUUUUUAACAUGAACUUGAUAAUAA